CCUCUCCUCCUCUCCUCUCCAUCUCCCCUCCCUCCCCCUCCUCUCCCCUCCCUCCCUCUGCAUGAAUCGCGUGUAGUCGGGCGGCGGCGGCGGGGCGGACGGGCUACGCCAGCCGGCGCUCUUCCAGCGCUGGGGAAGGUGGUGCGAUCCCGGGCGCCGGCAGAAGUUUGCGGGGCAGAUGUUGAGCGGCGCCGGGCUGUGUGGGUGCCCCGAGCAGAGGGCGGCUCCGGUGCCCGCGGUGCCGCUGAGAUGUUGGCCAGUGCGGCUGCUGACUCCGGCAUGCCACUGAAGCGGUCGGCGGUGUGAGCGCUCUCCUGGCACCGGCAUGUAUUCGGAUUAAACUGGUCCCUCGCUCGGAAAUAGGACAGUCUCCCAGCGCGGACCAGCCCGCGGAGCAUGGAGAUCGUUUGGGAAUUAUUUUUGAUGCUUCACGCCAAUCUGUUUCUGUCCGUGUCAGCUCAGCACAACUCGCACAAGAUCAACGAAGGAUGGUGGGCGUACAAAGAGGUGGUGCAAGGAAGCUUCGUUCCUGUUCCCUCGUUCUGGGGUUUGGUGAACUCAGCCUGGAAUCUGUGUUCUGUGGGGAAGAGACAGUCUCCCAUCAACAUUGAGACCACCCACAUGAUCUUCGACCCCUUCCUCACUCCGCUGCACAUCAACACAUCAGGGCGGAAGAUCAGCGGGACGAUGUACAACACAGGGCGACACGUUUCCCUGAGGCUGGACAAGGAGCAUCUGGUCAAUGUCUCCGGUGGACCCCUCACCUACAGUUACCGCCUGGAGGAGAUCCGGCUACACUUCGGCAGUGAGGAUAGCCAGGGGUCGGAGCACCUGCUGAACGGGCAAGCCUUUUCGGGAGAGGUGCAGCUGGUGCACUACAACCACGAGCUGUACACGAAUGUCACCGAAGCCUCCAGAAGUCCCAAUGGUCUGGUGGUGGUCUCCAUCUUUAUAAAGGUGUCUGACACAGCGAACCCCUUCCUCAACAGGAUGCUCAACAGGGACACCAUCACGAGGAUCACCUACAAAAAUGAUGCCUACUUACUGCAAGGGUUAAACAUCGAGGGGCUGUACCCAGAGACCCCCAGCUUCAUCACGUACGAGGGCUCAAUGACGGUGCCGCCCUGUCACGAGACGGUGACCUGGGUUAUAAUGAACAAGCCAGUCUAUAUCACGCGGAUGCAGAUGCACUCCUUAAGACUGUUGAGCCAGAACCAGCCCUCGCAGAUUUUCCUGAGCAUGAGUGACAACUUCCGACCCGUGCAGCCUCUGCGCAACCGCUGCAUCCGGACCAACAUCAACUUCAGCCUGCAGGGGAAGGACUGCCCCAACAACCGAGCACAGAAGCUUCAGUACCGAGUUAAUGAAUGGUUGCUAAAGUAAGACAGCCACCACCAUAUCUAUUGGAACUUACCCCUGGUGAGACAGUCGGGCUGUGGAUCUGCAUUACAAGGACAACAAUUCCCGUCGCUCCCACUUGGCUGGGCUUUGACCUUUUGCAAUCACCUUGGAGAGACAAACUUUUGAUACACAACGAACAUCAUCAAACCAACUUUCAAGGUGGCCAGAAAAAUACAACUAGACUUAUAAUUAUUAAUUUUAGAGUCGGGGUAUUAAAAUAAAUCAUUUAACAAGCAACCGUGGUUUUGAUACAGUUUUGAAGCGGGUGGGGGGGGGGAGACGAUUGAAAAACAAAAUCUAUAAAUUUUAAAUAUAAAACAGGAAAUGCUGGAAAACACUCAGCAGGUCAGGCAGCGUCUGUGGAGAGAAACAGAGGUAAUGUUUCAGGUUGAAGACCUUCCUUCUGAAAAUUUCACCUACAAAUUUGAAGGUAGCAACCUCUGCUGUAACUAGAAUUAACCAGAGGGACGUUGAUGAUCUUUGUAUAUAUGCGGACUUCUUGCUAAAACCACACCGGUUGACAUCUGCUAGAGAAGAAACCUACCAGUGUACGUGUUCAAAUUGUGCUCCUGAGUCCCAGCUGAAACUCUUCAUUUCCAUUACGUCAUCCAGCGUGGCUCCCAAACCUUGAAUCAAGGAGGUUCCAGAGGGCUGAGGGAGUGGGGGUGUGGAGGGACGAGGGGAGUGGGGGGGGGAGGUGGAGGAGAAAUGAGGGGUCACCACCCCCCCCCCGCCCCACCACUGAGUUCAACACUGCUUUCAGCGGUGAAACAGGAGAGUCAACACCGCAGCGCUGAACCCUGUAAAUAUACUGGCACAGGGAGAGGUGAGCUCCUGCAGCGUUGGAGGGUCGAGGUAUCACCACCCUCAUCCACUCACUCCGGUACUGAUUCAGCUGAUGCCUUUUAUGUUCAUUGUUUACAAUGUUCAUACACUGUGUUUGGUUUUAAUGUCGAGAGCUCAAUAAAUGUGUUUGAAAAAUUCA